UGCCUGAAUUCUCAAACAACUGACUCCCAUCGGCUCUGACCACAGCCGGGGUACACAUCCUAUCACCAGCCCAGAGUCCCUCCAUGGAGGUGACCACCGUGUCCCCUUUUUUCAGCUCACCAACCAACGGACCUGGUGAGUGUGAGAUAGAUGUCACCAACGUGGCCAUACACAGUGUGACACUGCUUGUCUGCCUCUGUGGGCUGGCUGGGAACGGGGCUGUCCUCUGGCUCCUCCACAUUCAUGGCAUCACCGACUUCAUCUUCAACCAGGCUUUCACCGACUUCCUCUUCCUCGUCUUCACUGUGCCCUCCACUUUGCUCUUCCUGCUGGAGGAAGUCUCCUGCUCCGCUAUAAUGCCUCAGAUGUAUUUGAGCUUGCUUUUCCAGUUGUCACUGUUCUCCUACAACAUGGGGCUGUACCGGCUGAUGUUCAUCAGUAUCGACAGGUGCAGGUCCAUCCUCUGCCUGUUUUGCUGCGGUUGCCAACUUCCUGACCGCCUGUUGUGGGUAUUGAUGAGUGUCCUGUUCUGGGCCUUCUUCUUUGUUGUCAUCGUUGUCAAUCCCACCGUGACCUCCCUGUGCCAGUCACACCAGCAGGAGCACUGCCGGGUGCCUCUCCUCUCCAUGUACGUCUUCAACCUCUUCCUAUUUGCUGCACCCAUGGUCAUUUCCAGCACAAUCCUCUUCACUCAUUUCAUGCCUGGCUCCCAGCAGCAGCAACACAAGCGGCUCGACAUGGUUAUCUUCCUCAUUGCACUCUCCAGUCUGCCCCUCAGUCUCUGGUAUUUCCUGCAGCAGCUCGGUUACACAGUUGUGUCCUCCCAGGUGGUUUUCCUACUCGCCUGCAUCAACAGCAGCAUCAAACCCUUCAUCUACUUCUGGGUGGGGAGCUGCAGGAGACACUACUCCAUGGAGAGCUGCAGGAGCCACUGCUCCAUGAAGUUCCUAAGGAAGGCUCUCCACAGGGUGUUUGAGGAGCCAGAAGAAAACCCUGCCUGCAGUAAUGAUGCCAUCACAGACACAACGGUCUGAGCCCAUUGAUCCCUUCCACUGCACUG